AUGUCUUCCUCUUCCUCAUCAUACGACUACAUCAUCGUGGGCGGCGGCGUCGCUGGUCUGACGCUCGCAUCGCGCCUGUCCAAGCUUCUCCCACCGGGCGAUAGCAAGCAGAUCCUGGUCCUGGAAGCGGGCAAAGAUCCCUCAAAGACCGACUUCAUCCUCUCCGCCACAGGAUACGCGCUCGCCCGCGAGUCGGAACAUGCAUAUAUCCUGGACGUGACGCCGAAUCCGCACCUCAACGGACGCAAAAGCCAGGUCAGUGUCGGCAAGGGGCUGAGCGGCAGCGGAGCCAUCAACGGCAGUGCCUGGACGCGAGGACCCAAGGUCGACUAUGACUACUGGGCGAAACUCGUCGGGGACGAUGCCUGGUCGUACGACAAGCUGUUGCCUUUCUUCCGGAAGACUGAGCAAGUCAUCCACGAUGCGAACUCGGGCAGGGACCAUGUCCAUCACGGGUACGAUGGGAGCCUCAAAGUCGUGCCCAUGAGGGCGAAUCAUCCCAGUCGACAUUAUCCACUGCGCGAAACAAUCCUGCAGGCUUGGAAGGAGGCCGGUGUCAAAUAUAACCCGGACGGGAACAAUGGCGAUCAAAACGGCUUGACGGAGAUGGUCGAGCUGUGGGUUCAAGGCCAGCGUCAACUGCCCAGCCAGGUCCUAGACCUUUCGCGUGUCGAAAUCCGUGAGUCCAGCAUCGUGCAACGUAUCACGUUCGAUAGCCCUGCCGGCGCAGAGCCUGUUGCUACCGGAGCCGAACUUGUGGGAGGGGAACACUUCACCGCAAACAAAGAGGUCAUCUUGUGCGCCGGUGUUUACCAUAGCCCACAAGUCUUGAUGCUCUCUGGCAUCGGUGAUCCGUCGACCUUGGACAAGCACGGUAUCCCAGUUGUCGUCCCAAAUGCUGAGGUCGGGAAGAAUCUAGUGGACCAUCUGGCUGUAGGGAUGACAUGGAAGCUGAAGCACCCUGAAAAAGGCCUGGCCUUUGGCUCGCCCUUGUUCAAUGAUCCCUCAUAUUUCACGGGCUGGCCAAUGGAUUUCAUUGAGUUCGGUGCAUUGGACGAACCGGUCAAACUCGAGCCCUUGAUCGAGAAUGCCCAAGACCGCGCAUUCUUGCUUCGACCUGGAGCUUCGCAUAUGGAAAGCGUCACCUUGUAUGUCCCGAUGGGUGAGAGAUUGACGGGCAUUGACGCCGCCAUCGACGGAAGCCACAUCAGCUCGAUUGCCGUCUGCCUCGCCACUACGUCCAAAGGAGCCGUUACCAUCCAGUCCGCCAACCCUGAAGAUCCUCCCCUCAUCGACACCAACUUCAACGCGACGAAGACGGACAGAUAUAUUUCCCGGGAAGCCCUGCGGAAAGUCGCUUCUGUCUACCUUGAUACCGAGACGGGGAAAUCCUUGGUCUCUCAUGAAGUCACACCCGAAGGCUAUGCGGCAAUCACAACAGACACAUCGGACGAUGAGAUCGACAAAAGGAUCCGCGAUUUUGGGUACAGUCUAGACCACCCAAUGGGGACUUGUUCAAUGGGUAAAGUCGUCGACAGCCAUUGUCGGGUGAAGGGCGUGAAGGGGUUAAGAGUGGUCGACGGAAGUGUGAUUCCAGUCCCUAUGGCGUGUCACAUCCAAGCGACGGUGUAUGCCCUUGCAGAGAGGGUUGCUGAGUGGGUUGCGAAUGGAGAGUAA